AUGCUCGAGUUGGAUCCACUGAUAUCAGAAUACCGCCAUGAGAAAAAACGUCCGCGCGAGUCCGAGGCACUUUUCAUCUUGCGCAAGGUCGCCUCCCUUGUCAAGCCGAUCAUGCGUCAGCGGUCAUGGAGAGUUGGCGCUCUGUGCGAAUUCUAUCCUUCACAGAGAAAUCUUUUAGGUCUGAAUGUCAACCAUGGUCAGAAAAUAUGUUUGAGGCUACGGUAUUCCUCAGACCAGCGGCAAUUCUUACCCAUCGAGCAAGUUGUAGAUACCAUGCUACAUGAGCUAUGUCACAUUGUACACGGGCCGCAUGACAGAAAGUUUCAUGCACUGUGGAAUCAGCUUCGAGAUGAGCACGAGGAGCUCGUCAUGAAAGGCUAUACAGGAGAGGGAUUCUUAUCCCAAGGCAAGCGCCUCGGUGGGAGUAGAAUUCCUCUUGACGAAGCCCGUCGACGAGCACGUGCAGCUGCUGAGCAGCGGAAAGCUCUGGCCAAGAAUUCUGGCAAAAGACUCGGUGGUGCACCGGUUCUGCGUGGCACAGAUAUGCGCAAGCUGCGUGCCGAUGCAGCCCAACGUCGCCUCGAAGUCACGAAUGGGUGCGCCUCGGGCACGGAUCGAAGCGACGAGCUUGCCGAAGAAGCUUCACGGAAUGGAUUCAAAACCAAAGCAGAAGAGGAUGAUGCCAAUGAGCAGGCAAUAUUGCAAGCCUUCAUUGAACUAAUCCAAGAGGAAGAAAGAGAGAAAUACGGAAAGUCCUAUAUACCUCCUAGCCGUGAGAAUCCCGCCGGUCCAAGAGAGAAUGAUCCUGCAGAUCAGUCUGAGACAGGGACGUCUGAUGACGAACUACGGCCGGCCCGUGAUCCAGAGCAAGCCCUACCACAGCGCUCCGGUGCAGACAACAUUUCCUAUGAUUCGCCGUGGACGUGUACGACUUGCACUCUAACGAAUCCUCCUAGUUUUCUUUGCUGUGAUGCGUGUGCCGCGGAAAGACCCCUGCCAUCAACUACUACAACUACAACUGCGAUUGCAGAUACAGUGACCCAAAGCAAGGCAACUUCACACCCAGCCACGGCAACUCAAAACGCAAAGAAACGACCUUUGCAGGAUGAUCGCGACGAAGGCAAAGAUGAAGGCACUGCAAAAGGAAACUUUGCUUUCAAAAACAGGACUCGGGCUAUGGAUUCCUUACUCUCAAUCGAGAAGAACACGAGCAAGCGACCACUUGGCUGGCUAUGCGAUCGAUGUGGGAGCUUUAUGGAGACACACUGGUGGACUUGUUCCGCUUGUGGGAAAUUGAAAGUGUCAUCCUAA